CUUCUGCUUUUUCACGUUUGUUUUUUCUCCUUCAAUUCAGUGUCUAUAUAAGGAUAUUCAUCUUCGAUUCAUAAAGUUUCCGAAUCUGCUUCCAACUUCGGGAGUUGAGUACUGAUUCAUGUUUAACCUGAUAAAUCUCCCUUUCAGAAGAAUCAAGAAUAAGGGAUGUGGUUGUGAGCAUCUUAAAUAUCUUAGAUAUCAAAUUGGGGAAAGAUGGUCUCAGAAUCUUGGUUUCGCAGUCUAUGGAAGCCGCCAAGGAAGCGUGAUUCCACGCAGAAGGUUGUUAUUGGAGUAUUAGCUUUUGAAAUUGCUAGCUUGAUGUCCAAGUUGGUUCAUCUAUGGCAUUCUUUGAGCGAUAAGCAAGUCGGGAGGUUGAGGGAAGAGAUAGCCAAUUCGUUGGGAAUAAAGAAGCUUGUGUCGGAUGACGAUGAGUAUAUCGUACGUCUAAUAUGUGCUGAGAUGACAGAGAGUUUAGCUCAUGUGGCUAAAUCUGUUGCCAGGCUUGGAAAGAAAUGCAGUGAUCCUAGUUUAAAAAGUUUCGAGCAUGUUUUUGAUAAUUUAGUUCAAUUUGGUGUUGAUCCCUAUGGCUGGAUAUACUCAUGGAAGAAGAUGGAAAAGAAAGUGAAGAAGAUGGAGACAUUUAUUUCAGUGAAUGCAAAUUUGUAUCAGGAGAUGGAGAUGCUUGCAGAUCUUGAGCAAACUUUGAGGAGGAUGAAGAUUAACGACGACUUGGAUGAUACAAACCUAGAUGAGUUUCGAAAGAAGGUUGAAUGGAAGCAGCAGGAGGUGAAAAAUUUGCGAGAGAUGUCGCUUUGGAAAAGGACCUAUGAUUACACGAUUCUUCUUCUAGCCAGAUCCCUAUUCACAAUAUUCAGUAGGAUCAAAUAUGUAUUUGGAAUCGAGCAGAGUCUGGAUAAUGAUUCACGAGAUAUGAGUUCUGACUCGAUAGCACGUAGUCAAUCAGUGUCUGCAUUAAUGCAAUCGAUGGUCCAUCCCUCUGAGAAUGGUCUUACUAAAUUUGCAUCGGGGCCCCUCAAGAGGUUUACAACUAAAUCAGGGCCGAUUUCAAAAACAGCUAAACGCAAUAAUUUUCAUUCUGGUCCCCUUGGUGGCUCUAUUACGAAAUCAGGUCCUAUUUCAGGCCCCGUUUCUGGAGCGAAUAGAAACUUCAACUCUCAUUCGGGUCCUCUCACAAGUUCAACAAUAAGAUCAGGUCCAAUUUUUGGAAUAGACAAUACAACCAAUCAGAAGAAUUGGCUUGUCGGUGGCUACUCUUCCCUGUUUAAUGGGAAGAAAUCCCAUCAGAAGUCAAACAGACUGACUCAAGUUGGACCUUUCAAGGGAUGCAUGAUAUCUGGCCCUAGUUCUACGGUUGUCAAUUGCCACAUUAGUUCAAAUGAGCAUCAUUCACAGCUUAUCAAUGGACCCAAAGACACUGGAAAGAUUGUUGAUCCUUGCAAGCAGUUGCUCCGUACCCAUUGCCGAUUGUUGGAAGCCCCACCCGAGACUCUAGGUGCUGCUGCUUUGGCACUGCACUAUGCAAAUGUCAUUAUUGUAAUUGAGAAGCUUGCUGCAUCUCCUCAUUUGAUUGGCCUAGAUGCUAGAGAUGAUCUAUACGAUAUGCUGCCAGCUAAAGUUCGAGCUAGCUUGAGGGCAGCUCUAAAACCAUAUGCCAAGAGCUUGGCUUCAUCUGCGUAUGACACAGUUCUUGCAGGAGAGUGGAAUGAGGCAAUGACUGGGAUAUUAGAAUGGCUUGCUCCACUGGCUCAUAACAUGGUUAGAUGGCAAUCUGAACGCAGUCUCGAACAACAGAAUUUUGUUUCCAGGACCAAUAUGCUUCUUGUACAAACUCUUUUCUUCGCAAGUCUAGAAAAAACCGAAGCAAUCAUUACCGAACUUCUUGUUGGUCUGAAUUACCUAUGGAGGUUCGGUAGGGAACUCAAUGCAAAAGCUCUAAGCGCGUGUGCCAGCAGUAGAAUACAUGAUGAAUAUUUGGAUAUCGUUGGGUAACAUUCUUUUCUAUUCCAUUGGUAUUGCCCACUGAAUUGCAGAACAGUCGUCCAACAGCAGGAGGCGUCCUCAGCUCUACAAGAUCGAUAUCCCCAAUUGGAGGCAGCACGAGAGAGAGAGAGCCAUCGCUACUCCGUUGCAUUAUCAAUACUCCAAUACCCGAAGUCAUCAUCGACAAACUAGGUUUGAGCUUUUUAACAUUCUUUCACUUGAUAGAGUUAUUCAGCUUGCCAAAUGGGGGACACUCCCAUCCUCGUAAAAGCAUGGUUUGCUAGUAUUAAGUUAUUACUACUUGAAAGUUGUAUAUGUAUCAGUAAUACGUUCUCCAGAUAUGUAAAGCAUCUACGAUAUAUAGGCUUGCCAUUCCACGCAGAAACUCGCUCGAGACCGAGCUUGUUGCAUCUAAGUAGAAGUCAUCACAAAUUGCUGCUGUCCUUUCCACUUCCUUUUCAUAUAUGGAUGUAAAUUUUGUGCUUUGAUCAAUGGUUCCAGCUUUUCUUGCCAUUUAUCAGGAACUUUUGCUGUGGCCAUUCCUCAUGAAUUGCAUUGUCGUGUUUGACUGAUACUGACUUACAGGUAUAUUUCAAUUUA